CGCGGACACGGGGCAACAGGUUCAACCACCGACUGGCGCACGGAGGACCCACCUGAGGCAGCAGCAUGCCGAUCUCCUCCACCUCCUUGACGGCGAACAGCGCGUAGCCCGCCGCAUGCUCGAACAACACGUGUAGCAGCACCUGGAGAGGAGCGCGGAGGAGAGCGCUCGAAGGAGCCUGUUGAGGAGCGGAUGUGAGGGAGGACAGUAAAAAGCUCAGGGAUCAGGAGCGGACUUGAUAUAAAGGCUGACUGGGACAAGCUGACGCUCAGACCAGUGGAGCUCUGCUCAUCUUAACGCACACUUCCCCAAGUCACUGACCACAGCACGACGGAGCAGAAUGAGCAUGCGCGGAGCAGUGGCUGGUUGCGUGCUGCUGGCGUGCCUGGCGGCGCUGCUGACUGAGAGGACAGAGGGACACAUCACCUUCUUCAGCCCAAAGGAGAUGAUGCUGAUGAAGGAACGAGAGGGUAGAAAGGACAUGGAGCCUCGGUCGGAGGAUGGUCAGUUUGAAGAAGUCACUGUCCAACAGCUUCCUCCGGUGGAACACGGUGAUGAUAAAACAGUGGAGAUUGCCGUUCGUCUCUCACCCAAGCAGCUGGAUCACGUGGCUCCGGUGCUCGAAGAGAUCAUCCAUGAAAUAGCGGAGAAAGCCAAAUAGCGAGGCCGGAGACACUAGAAGACCAAUGCUGUGUAAAUUCUUCAACAGGCACCGAAUGCUCAUUUAUUUUAUUGUAUUUUAAUGAAUAAGUCAAUAAAGGGAAGUCAUCUAA